AUGUCGUCGCGGGCGUUGGACGUGGACAAGACGCCGCCCAACGAGGCGGACGCGCGCGCGGAGGCGUCGCGGUGGCAGCGCCACGCCAUCUACCGCGUGCCGGCGUUCAUCAGGGACGUCAGCCCCAAGGCGUACCGGCCGCAGGUGGUGUCGCUGGGCCCCUUCCACCACGGCGACACCGCGCUGCUGCCGAUGGAGGCGCACAAGGGCCGGGCGCAGGCGCACCUGCUGCGCCGGUGCGGGCGGCCGCUGGAGGAGUUCAGAGCCGCCAUGCGGGGCGCGGCAGAGCAGCUGGAGACCGCGUACCGGGAUCUCGGCGUUGAGUGGCGCGGCGACGAGAGCGGCGGUGGCGGCGGCGAUGGCUAUGCCUCCAGUGACCCCGUCUUUAGUCGCCACGGGGUGCUCUACGUGAUGCCCUUCAUCCGGCGCGACAUGCUCAUGCUCGAGAACCAGCUGCCGCUGCUCGAGCUCGAGAGGCUCGUCACCGUCAUGACUGCACAGCCGCCGCCACCAGGAGAUCAACAGGAUGGUGCUGAGGUUUCUGUCCCCGUCGUCACCGGCCGUCGGCGUCGAGCUGGGGCUCCACCCACUCGUCGUCUACCGCGGGAGCCUGUUUCAUGGGAGCUCCCGCCGGCCCGACUCGAGGGACUUACUAGACACCUACCAAGAAGAAGCGACGAUCAUCCGGCCGGCGGUGGAGCUCCACGAGGCCGGGGUCCGGUGUUCAAGAGGAGCUGGGCGCACAACCUGCGCCACGUCCGGUUCCGGCGCGGCGUGCUGAGCGUGCCGGCGCUGUGCGUGGACGACUCCACAGAGUACGCGCUCCUCAACAUGAUGGGGUUCGAGAGGCUCCACGCCGGCGCCGGGAGCGACGUGGCGGCGUACGUGUUCUUCAUGAGCAACGUCCUCGGCUCGGCCAGGGACGUGACGCUGCUGCGCUCCGAGGGCAUCGUCCAGAACGCCGCCGCCGGCAGCGACAAGGCGGUGGCGCAGAUGUUCGAGAGGAUGUCCAAGGACGCGGUGUUCGAGCCGGAGGGCGCCAUCGACGCCGUGCACCGGCAGGUGAACGCCUACUGCCGCCGGAGGCCGUGGAGGAUGUGUGGCUCCAGGCUUAAACGCAGGGACGAAUGCUUGAGGACUACCAAGCCGGAGGCCGGAGGCUUGGGUGAUCCUCGCCGUUGUUCUCCUCGUCAUGCUCAUCGUGCAGACCAUCUACACCGCGCUGCAGUUCUACAUGCUCCGACGACAUUAGCAGCGUCGCGCCAUUACUCCAAGCCUCCAAUUAAUUAUUGGGAGAUUAUUCGCAGCUUUGAGUGGUUCUACCAAUGUGUACAUAUUUAUUCGUUUGCAAUAAUUACAGUACUUCUCGGUGCUUUCUGCUUUGUCUGCAAUAGACGGAGUAUACGCUGA